AUGGAACGGUUCAUGCAACGUCUUUAUCCCGGGAUAUGCAAGCGAUUUCUUAAGAACGGUCAUCUUUACAUAAACGGUGACGAUGAAGGUAUGCUUACACCUGAACAACAACAACAACUCGAUGACUACCUUCGAGAAGUGGACAACUGGAGCGAGCAGUUAACGCAGAGUAUUGCAGAUAGCAUCAAAUUGAAUGCAAAUGUUCCGAUCGUUCCACCAGUGCCGAUGUUCAGAAAUUCACCAGCUGGCACAUAUCCGCAAGGUUCAGAUCUACUCCCUCUUCAAGCAUUUCCCAAGGCACCUCCAUUCUGCGAGCAGUGA